AUGAGCGCGAGCGACAUUCGCCUAGACGUCAACUACGAAAAAGGUGCUGGGGAUCUAAAAAUGCAUGGGUACUGGAUUUACCCACCAGUCACUCAUAACUCCACCAUAAACGCGGAUCAAAGUAGCAGCAGCGACACCGACUGCCAUGGAAGCGGUACUGGGGGGGCUGUGGGGACCGUCAGGGGUGACAUUGCCGCGUCAGUGUGGUGCUCAGACCCGGAAAUGCCCCUCCCGCUAUUCUUCAAGCCACUCGUGGAGGACGAUAUCGAGGGCGGCGACAGCAGUGACAGCAUCGCCAAAGCAGCCCCGGAGCUUCUUCGCAAGGAGAGCGCAAGCAGUCUCAUGAGCCACUCACCACUGGAAAUGGACGGUGUGGCAAACGAUCGACGCCGCAACAGCUCGCUUUCAUCAACUUCGACCACUGAUGGCAGCGAAGGGAGUUUUCCGUGCCUUGACGAGGAGGUACUCGGCGAUUUGGGCGAUGUGAUUGGCUAUGGCGGCGACCGCGGCUCUUUUGUGUGUCGCGUGCCACUGGCGCCGCUGCUGCACUCGUGGAGAGAGGCGCCGAGUUUUGCUUGGACGCCGGCACUCCUGGAUGCCUCGCACUUCUCGGAGAAGGCCUACAAGAAGUACCCGACACGCAUCUCAAAGGACGAACUCUCGUUUGUGUCAACGGCGUACCGAUGUGCCCGCAACAGCGAGCAUUGUCAGAGCACUAGCAGCCCUUUUCUGUCCCCAGAGGAGGCCCACUACGCCGCGCUGCACCUGGUCUUACCCGAUGCCGUGGUGCUAGCCCGUGGAGAGCAGGUCGGGCUGCUCAUGCCGCUGUACAACUGCAGCCUCAAGGAGCAUCUUCAGAGCCUGGGACAUCCCACAUAUUUGGGGUGCGGUGCCUCAAGCAUGCCAGGCUCACUGACCCUCUCGAACAACACCAACCUGUACGCCAAGGAUGCCGACAACACCGCACUCGGUGGUCUACACCGCAGCGCAUUUCGCUUUACUGCAGCCUAUCACCCAGUCGAGUCGAUUCAAGUUAUCUCCGCUAUCGUCUUCCAGAUGCUCGAGGCGGUCGCCUUCCUCAAUCACCGCCUUCCCCAUGGCGACGGCUCCACUGGGUACACCCAUAAUGACCUUCACCUCGACAACAUCCUGCUCUCCUACGACGGCGAUGUAGCCCUCUGCGACUUUGAACUCGUCGCAUCCACGCCCACACCGUCGCGCACCAUCGAUGUACGCCGUUUGCCUCCCUCCUCACGGCAGUCGCCGCACGGUCUCUUCAGCGAGUCGGCCGACACGUGGGCCUUUGGACUCAUGGUGGUGAAUCUGCUCACUGGUGUGGACCCCCUCUUCACCUCGGACAUUGUUAAUGAUUUCAGCGAUGGCCCGCUACUCUUUCGCUGGGAUCGCAGCCCAUGUGUUCUGGACUGGGAGGCAAACAUCAAGGCGCAUGUGGAGUUCCUGCUGCGGAGUCAGGAUUCAACUGGGCAGCGACUGGAGGAGGCGCGUCACCUCUUGCAGCUCUGUAGCAAAUGCCUGGUCAAUCGCGAAGGCACCGAGCCGCUGCGCGCCGUUUCCCUGCUCGAGGAGCCGAUGUUUCUCCCCUACCGUCGCGACUUUAACCUCGCCAGACGUACGGUGAAGGAGUGGAUUGGCAACACGCGCUGGGCGUGUCGCAGAAGGUAA